AUGGCUUGUGGGUGUUCUUCAACAGCAAUGGCAGAGAGAAUAUCUUGGUACUGUGCUCUGCUUGUGGCACUGAUGCUUGUCUUGAGCAGCUGUGAGUCAAGCACAAGUAAGUUCACGGUUCAGCAGAUGCCGCAGAGGAAUACCAAAAAGGCGUGUGAUGAUAUAUACAUGGUUCGUGAGGGAGAGACACUGCAAACAAUCAUUGAAAAAUGUGGGGAUCCAUAUAUUGUUGAAGGGAAUCCACAUAUACAGGACCCGGACGAUGUUUUCCCUGGCCUGCUUAUCAAGAUUAACCCUUUCACGAAUCUAUAG